AUGUUUUCACGUACCGUUCUCUCGGGUCUGCUGUUGCAAGCAUUGCCCUUUCUGACUUCAGCAACCGACUGCACUGGUGUCAAUGGCAUCAGCCCAAAAUGUAGCAGCCAAGAAUCUGCGUACAAGCGCGACGUCUUCUACGUCGGCGGUGGCUAUGUCGACUCUGGCAUCCCAGGCCAGCAAAUGUGGAGCGACCAGCUCUAUGUCGAGAAGCUGUCGCCUGCCAAAAAGGUCAAAAAGCCUUACCCGAUGGUCUUUAUCUCUGCGGGUGUCAACACCGGCGCAGAGUGGCUGAAUACACCGGACAAUCGCAAGGGUUGGGCUUCCUACUACCUUGACCAAGGCUACCAGGUCUACAUUGUUGAUAUCGCUGCCAAUGGCCGAAGUGGCCAGCAGCUUCUCUCCAAAUACCCUCUCCGCAUUGGUUCCACAGACACCAUCAAUGAGCAGGGCUUCACAGCUCCCGAAGAUUUCGACCAGUACCCACAAGCAGACCUCCACACACAAUGGCCCGGCAAUGGAUCUCGUGGAGAUCCCGUUUUUGACGCAUUCACUGCUGGCAACGUCCCUAUCUCUUCAUCUAAUGUGAACGUGGAAAACACUAUGCGUACAUCUGGAUGCCAGCUCCUCAGCAUGAUUGGCCAGUCAUACACAGUCUGCCAUUCUGCUGGUUGCACUUACACAGCCAUCUGGUCAGACGCAUGCCCUGAUCUGCUACGCGCCAACAUCAACAUUGAGCCCGGCAACAUUCCGUUCACUUCUUUGAUCGGAAACAACACCGUUGCUGGGGUUGGUCGUACCGCCGCUCGGCCUUGUGGUCUCACAUAUACACCGCUGCAAUUCGAUCCACCAGUAACGAACUGCUCGGCCAUUACCACCGUUGAGGUUGGGCCAGACGACCCAGCCAAGCGCUCCUGCAUUCUCCAAACUGGCACCAUCCACAAGCUCACCCAACUCAGUAAAGUGCCUUAUAUCAUGAUCACAGGCGAGGCCAGCCCGCAUAUCACGUACGAUCACUGCUUCGUUGAGUACUUCAAGCAGAUGGGCAUCACCAACUACCAGUGGAUCAAGCUUGCCGAUAUCGGUAUCAAGGGCAAUGCGCACUUUAUGUUCCUGGAGAAGAACAACCAGGAUAUCGCCGCAGCGAUCAACUACGGUCUUGGAAAGAUGAAUAAGAGCCCGGCUGCCCCAGGUCAUCCAAGUCUUCCCAUCUCUGCAAAAUGA